CACGCUCACGGAAUCGUACUCAUCACUCCACCGCUUGCCUAUGCUCCGGCCACAGCACCACCUCCGCUGGCCGCCGGCGCCCUCCCGGCCGUCCGCCGUCUCCUUCCCGGCCGUCCCACCCCGCGGCGCGGCCCGGAUCCCUCGCGCGGCGGCUCCCCCGCUCAGGGGCAAAACGUCGAGCGCUCUGCGCGCGUCGUCGUCGGCGGCGCCGGGUGCGGCUCCCGCGGAUAGCGCGAUGGGGCAGGAGUCGGGGGCGGUGGCGGUGGCGCACCGGGAUGUGGCGCGGGCGCUCGCGUCCGAGGCGGAGGCGCGGCUCGGCGCGCGGCGGCUGCUGCUCCCCUCGUCCGUGCCGCCCGACGUCGCCGCGUUCCGCAACGGCGCCGGGAACGCCGCGGGCUCCCUCGACGUGCGCCGCGGCGCCCCGGGAUCGACGAUUGAUUUCAUGCUCCAGUCCUCACUCCACUGUAAAGUCCCAAAUGGCGCAAUCGACAUUACAACUCUUCUCAUUUUCCUCAACACCUCAACGGAUGCACCACACUUCCUGAUGGAGUUUAUACAAGGUAGCCCGACUUCGAUGGUUGUGCUUCUAGACCUCCUCCCACGGAAAGACCUUGCAUUCCAUCCAGAAUACAUGGAGAAAUACUAUGAGAAUACUCAAGUGGACAAACAGAGAGAAAAGAUUGAAGAAUUGCCGCAGGCCCGUCCAUACCGAUCACAAUCUCUCUUCGUGCGCAGCUCCUUUUCGCCGACAGCAAUACUGACGACCAUUGACUGUGGACAAGGAGGGGAGGGUGCAUUGGAGAUAGUGCGUGGUCAACUGGCAGCAGCUGCCAAGGAGGUUCUUCAGAUUUGGCUUGAUAGUUGUGUCGAUCAUGCUUCAGAAAUGGAAGACGGCGAGAGAGAGAGCAUGCUAAAGAGGGACCAAAUUGUAAGGUCUAAGUCAAUCGAGGUCGAUCUGACUUCAAAUUUGCCGAGAAUGUUUGAUCCCGAUGUCGCAAACCGAGUCAUAGCUGAAAUCCGGAAGGCCUUUGGGGUACAAGAGACCUAGCACUAGAUUUGUAAAUUUGUAACCAGGAAUAGAUCUGUACAUCUUUCAGAAGUUAGUAUUCUCCAGUCCCUUUUGCUUGAACAAUGGGAUGUAUUAUGUGAUGAUAAUUUCAAAUACCAUCCGAUGCCAUAUUUCCAUGUGUAGAGGAUUAUAU